CACGUGUUACGCCUUUCUUCAUCACAAUCGGAGGCGGCGAUGGGGCAGUCGCUGGCCAAGGCCGUGGACGAGAAGGGCAAGCGGGUCAAGAACCCGACGUGGAGCGGAUGGCUGCACAUCUACAAGAACGGGCUGCUCAAGCGCGGCUACAAGCGCCGCUUCUGUCGCCUCGACCGCGACCGCCUCUACUACUUCACGGACGAGCGUCCCAAGCACACGUCGAAAGGCUGCAUCCACCUCCACGACGUCGUGGGCAUCGCGGCGCUGCCAUCGUACUCGGCGGCGGGCGACGACACGACGCUGCAGCUGCCCGUCGCGCUCGUGACGCCGGCGCUGGUCCACAUGCUGGUCUUUGAAGCGGCCGACGCCAAGGCGUCGUUCGAGCGCGCGCUGGGCGCCAACGUUCCGCGGUCGAUGAUCGUGGCCGAGGACUGGUCCAUCGUGCAGCUCGAGCACGGCCAGAGCAAGGAGUCGCCGUAUGUGCGCUAUUACAUUGUGUUUCUAACGUCCGGGGACCUCCUCUUCUUCACGGACGGCAACUGCCGCCUCCUCGAAGCCCGCGUGCGCAUGCUGGACCUCGAGAACGUUCUCGUCGCGUACGACUCGGCGGCCGGGAACGGCGUCGUGCUCUCACCGCGCAGCCAAGCGCGGGCGGCGGCCUCGCUCGCGAGUCCGUCGAUCCAGCUGGUGGUGCACGCCAAGGUCAUCAGCCUCGAGUUUGACGCCAAGACGCAGUACGAACUCUGGCGGGAGCUCCUCGUGGACGCCGCCGCAGGCGACUACUACGGCCGCGCGUUUCUCCAGCGACGGCUCCAGGACGAGCAGCGAAAAAAGUACCAGCGCCAAGCCAAGCUCGACGAUAUGCUCAAGAAGACCAAGAAGAAGAUCUCGAGGCAUAAGAAGCAGCACCUCAAGGACCCGCGCGUCUCGGUCAGCGACGUGACGUACGACGGCGACGACCUCUCGGAGGUCUCAACCUUGUCCCACGCGUCGUACGAGUCGGCGCUCUCGUCGACGCGGUCGAGGACCUCCAAGUCGGCGGGGUUUCCAGACGCAGAGAGGCCUGCGAUGCAAAAGAAAUCGAAAAAGGCCGCGACAACCGCCGCCGACGCCAGCGAGGCAAAGCCCAAGACGACCAAGAAGCGGCGGGACGAGGCGCUGGGAGAGGAGGGCAAGACGCCGCAGCUGCCGCCGGCGGCCGACGAGAGCACCCGUCCCCUGAAGCCCCGGAAAAAGAGCAAGAAACCCAAGGGUGUGGUGCUGGACGCAGAGACUAGUGUCGUGAUCGCGCCCGUGUCCGAGCCGACGCCGCCAUCAGCCCCGACACCGUCCGUGCUCGCAGCACCAGCCACCGCGCUCGUACCCAAGAAGAAUUUGAACCGGGUCCGCGAAGACAUUUUUGCGAGUCCGGUCACGAGUCCGACGUUUGCCGAGAAGAAGCAAGCGCUGCUGCGACGUCUCCAGCCCGACUACUCGCCGCUGUCGCCCAAGGUCAAGGUUGAGACGACGCAGUUUGUGCCCGAGCCCGUGUCGGCGCCCCGCACGCGCCGUCGCCAGCGGUCCGUGACGUCGUCGUCGUCGAUCAAGCACUUUGCCUCGCGCCGCGAGCUGCUUCAAAUGGACUUUGAAAAGCUCUGCGCACGCAUGCAGUCGUCUGCGAACGGCCGGUCGACGAAGCAGGCGCGCCGCCUCGAGAGACAGAUCCAGGCGUGCGCCCAGGCCAUCGAUACGCUUGGCGGCCUCGUGCUCUUCCCCCCCACAGACGAAGCUCUUCUCCCGCCAAUCCUCCCGAUGCUCGCGUCCUUGGAGCUCAGCGACUUGCCGAAAAGCACGGUGGAUGUCCAAGGCAACUGGUUCACGACCGAGCAGAGAGGCGGCGUCCGUGUCCGGCACUGGCAACGGCGCCACGCGACUUAAGAGACGGUGGCCUAUUUAAUUCGUGUAGUACAAGCGUUGUGACGCGUAUCGCUUUCGCAAGGACGA